UAAAAAAAAAUGUGUAUAUGACAAAAAGCUAAGGGAAAAUGAGGAGAGAGAGAGAGGGAGAGAUUCCUUUGUCCCUCUGCUCUGCUUACAACUGUUCUUUCCACAAAUUUUCAAUCCUUUUCUGAUUUCUCCAUCUUCUUCUCUUCCCUUCUAAUCACUCUCCGAGUUUUCUUCCUCCUCCUUCCUUCUUACUGAUGAUCUGAUGGAGCACAAGAUGAGGAAGGUGGGUUAGCCAUUAGGGCUGGCUGGGGGCCAAAAGUUGUAACGAUGGUGAUCUCCCAAACGAAUGCUUGCUUGGUCUUCUAAUUCCAGUUAGGUAACAUAUUGGUGGCUAUUUUGCUUGCAGUGGAGCUUUUAUUAUUACUGUGGUGUUGGUUAUUAGUUUUGGAGUCAUAAAUGGAUGAUAGCGGGCAUCGGGAGAAUGGAAGGCACAAAGCAGAGCAGUAUAAGUCAGCUCAGGGUCAGUGGAUGAUGCAGCAUCAGCCAUCAAUGAAGCAGAUAAUGGCAAUAAUGGCUGAGAGAGAUGCAGCCGUUCAAGAGAGAAACUUGGCCCUAUCUGAGAAGAAGGCUGCAAUAGCAGAACGAGACAUGGCUUAUCUACAGCGAGAUGCUGCAAUUGCAGAGAGGAACAAUGCUCUAUUGGAAAGAGACAAUGCCAUUGCAACUCUCCAGUAUCGUGAAAACUCCCUCACAAACAACAAUUUAUCAUGUCCACCAGGAUGCCAAAUCGCAAGGGGAGUGAAGCAUAUACACCAUCCCCAGCAACAACAGCAGCAGCAGCAUACACAUCAUCAUGUGCCUCACAUGAAUGAAAGUACCUACAAUUCGAGAGAAUUGCAUGCCAAUGAUGCUUGCCCCGUAUCGUCCCAAGUUGCUUCGGAAUCAACAAAGGUGCGGCGAAACAAGCGAACGAAAGAGGAUAAUAAGACGGUUACAGCACCAAACAAGAAGGUUUCUAAAGCUCCAAGGAAGGUCAAAAGAGAAGCUGAAGACUUGAAUAAGAUAAUGCUGGGCAAGUCACAAGAAUGGAAGGAUGGAAUUGGUAUAGUGAGUGGCGGCGAUGAUCUUAACAAGCAUCUGGUCGUGUCGAAGUCAGAUUGGAAAGGGCAGGAUCUGGGAUUGAACCAGGUUGCCUUUGAUGAAUCCACCAUGCCAGCUCCAAUAUGCUCAUGCACAGGAGUUAUAAGACAAUGCUACAAAUGGGGAAACGGUGGAUGGCAAUCUGCUUGUUGUACUACCACAGUGUCAAUGUAUCCAUUACCAGCAGUUCCCAACAAACGCCACGCCAGAGUCGGUGGCCGGAAGAUGAGCGGAAGCGCAUUUAACAAGCUGCUCAGCCGCCUCACAGCUGAAGGCCAUGAUCUAUCUGCACCAGUUGAUCUUAAGAACCACUGGGCAAAGCAUGGAACAAAUCGUUACAUCACCAUCAAAUAGUCACAAUCGUGGAGUAUUCCAAAGAGUAGAAACAUGAAAGGAAAUGCCAAACCAAGAUUUUCCUUCCAUUUGCAGCAAAUAAUAAAGGGUAGCCUAACAUCCAAAAAUGGGUUUAGGUAGCUAUCUCUAUCUUAUGCAGCUUAAUAUGGUUCAGAACCGCUCCAAGAUUCAGCAAAUUUGUAGGAGAUCCAAGUUUCUAAGAGCCAUGGCAAUGCAAUUCCAUCCUACUUUUGAAGAAAUGUCUGUUGUUUAAGCCCUUCUUCUCUGUAAAGGAUUGUGUUUAUUAUGUUCAGGGUAGUUCUUGGAGCAUUAGAAUAUGGCGGUCAUCAUUUGGUAGUCUGUCGUCUGUAUCAUCUUUCAAAUUGUAUCUGUUGCUUAUGCAUAUCCUUCAAUGAAGCUCAAUCCACUAAGGAAUUCGCUAA